CACUGGGUUAAUGCAAUGCAAAUCCAUUAACAGUGAACUAACUUCCUUUUUAAACUUCCUGUCUAAUAUAACAGUUCUUUUAUUUUUAGUGCAUUCAGCGCUGUCGAAGCUCCUAACAUGUUUCAGGCUGUGCUAUUGUACUUAACAAUUUUUUCUAAUUUGGUAAGUUUAACUGUGCCCAAAGGAUCAACGACUCAUUUGAGGGAGAUCGUAAUCGGAAGAUGUUGGGACUAUCAACGACUGAAGAGCCACGAGGUUACCAAGAAUUGCUCAAAAAUCUGGGGUAUAUUUUCCAAGGCAUUUGCCUAUAAGGACCCUUGCAGCGUUUCAUUGGCAGAUUAUAAGCCUUACUUUGAUGAAGUCGGCAUGGAUAUAGUAAAGCCGAACAAGGUAAUAUGAAUAUUCUCUAAUUAUGCUCAUAUAAUAUAUAAAUUAGUAUUUGUACUGUACCCGCAGAAGUCCUCAGAGUUGUGUAAUUUUAAUUUGACAGCCGCACGAGAGCCCAGACUGAGGCACAAUUACGGAAUUCAAGAGAAAUUUCGAUUCGAUUUGAACGCUAUAAACGUGAGCUCUCACUGAGCUCUCUGAGCCGUGUCGCAUUUUGAACUGAUUACAUCUUUGUACAUGCAUGUACUAAGAAAGUUCACACACUCCUCGUGACGCCGUUGAGAGAUUGACAACACUUACGUAAUAAGUUAACACAUACUGGCAACUUUUUGCAAAAUACAUUUCGGAAUUCAAAGGCUUUUUCAGAGGGCUUUUUCUUAAAAUUAAUUAGUGUUUACAAUUUAGCACUUAAAUCAAACUUAACGCUGACGCACGGUAACAGCUGAAAUAUUAAAGUGAAUAGCGCUUCUUUAAACAAGAAUAUAUUAGUAACGUAUUUUUUUGGCUCGAAUCUGAUAUAUGCGGCACGAAAGAAUAAUUAAAAUUAAAAUUAAUAAUAAUGAUGAUGAUAAUAAUAAUAACAAUAUAAUAAUAAUAUUAAUAUAAUUUUAAAAGAGAUUUCUUUAGACAUAAAACGGUAAAAACGAACGAUAAAAUCCGACCUUUCGGACAUUAUCAACAGUUCGGGAGUAUGCCAGUUUUGGAAGAAGCGAUGACGUCAUGAUUCUAUUGUUCUGCUAAAAAUACGCCAAAAUGGGAAAAAAUAAUCGCCAAAAACAAGGGAGCUUUUUUCAAAGCCUGUUCCAGGUACACUCGUUCAAUAUCCGGAACUUCCGAGCUAGCAGUGCUGAUGAAGAAGCCUUUUCCUUGCUUUUUGAAUGUCAAGAGCAGUUUCGUGCCACAUUACGGUAGUUAAAAUCGACAGUUAUCAAACAGCGUUCGAAGACGUUGCCGCCAUCUUGACGGGCAUCGAAUGUAAGUACAUGUCUUUAUGUUUAGUUUUCAGUAUCUUGCCGAAUUUUUACGAAAUCAAGACUAAUUUUCCUCAAAACUACAACGAGUAAAGUGUGUUCAGGCAAAGUUUCAUCGAUGGUAACAACCUAGUAAAAAUGGUAACCACACAUUGAAAAUUGCCAACGGACAGGAAGGGUUACUAUAUUGAUGGUUAUGCCUUAGUCUGUCUAUGUAUUUUUAGUUAUAUUAAGGGAUCAAGUCUGUUUUUGGUUGUGUUCACCGGCAAUGUAUGCGACUCUGAUCUAGGAAUCACUUUAUUGAUCCAGAUCAUGUGUGUGGAAUGAGUUUUAAAUCAGUGUGAGUAGGUUCUUAUAUUGAUUUCUUAUAUUUUGAUCAGGAUGUCGGUCCAAAAUGUAGACAAACAUCUGGACAUAUUACAAACAUGUUGUCGCGUUUGUGCCAAAAAGCUGGGAAAAGGAACGAGGAAGACAAAUGUUAAAUAUCUUCAGAACGACAUAUUUGUGCUCUGAGGGCAAAAUGUUGCUUUAGAUUCGCCUCAUGUUACUCUGUAAUAAAAAAUUUAAUGUCCAAAUUCAACCCUACCUCAGUAAAAUCAAACAUGUGUUUUUGUUUCUUUGUAGUGUGGUCACAGGCUUACCUACCACCACAAAAGCCCCUCCUCCCUCUCAAAAAUGGGUAAGAGGGAAACAUGUUGGAGGGGGGCUUAUAUACCUUGUGAGUGGAAGCUCACACUCAAUGACCAUUCAACCAUAGAAGAGACUGUGGCCCUUCAUUCAAGGGGCUGUAAAGGAGAUAGAUGAGGAAGGAGUCAUGGAAGUGGAGGCUUGUGAAGAUUUUCUUCACACAAUGUUCAAUCCCUUGCAUCAAAUAUUGUUUGUACUUUACAAAUGCCAAAUACAUAAUUUGUUCAGUCCCUGUGCUGUGCAAAGGUCAAUCUAAAACAGGAAAAAUGCCACACUCUCCCCCAUCAAUACCUUUGCAUGAGCAAUAAGCCCACAUUUUAUGUCAUAGUAUUGAAUAUGUUUGUAUUUGAAUAAAUCCUAAAUUAUUGAGAUUCUCUUGGUGAAAAAGCAUCUAUAUUAAUGUAUCGUCUUCAACAAAUCAUCCUCCCUAAUAAAUAAUACAUGAGAGAAAUCUCACAAGAUAACUAUUGAAAACCUAUGGCAGCUGCUACUGUCUUCAUUAUAUCAAUUAAGCUUUGGUUUUUGGUUUUCAUGUCCAAGAAGGUGUUAAAAAAACAAGAUUUUGAGAUAUAAGAGUGUGUAUAAUAUGCGAGCCAGCGAGCCAUGGCAGCGAGUCAUGCAGGUCAGAAUCAAAAACAGUAAUACGGAAAGAAUUAACUGUCAGGACCUAAAAUCAAAUGUUUAUUUACAAAAAACAAAAUGUAACAAUAAAUAACUUUUAUUACAAUCUUUACUCUGAUGUGUGAGCUUUGUUUUCUUGAAAGUGCUGUUCAAUAGAAACAUGAAGAACCGGCUAUGAAAAAGAACUUUGGAAAACUUAUGUUGUGUCCAUGCCAAGUGCAGUAAUCAUUAUUAUUUUGGGCCAAAACUUGUCUAAUAGAAUUGUUUGAGGGUCCCCACAGAGAAGACUUGAAAAGUGCUCCUCAAAGUUACAAUGCCUUUGGUUUAAAGGCAACUCCAGAGUUAAAAACAAUAAUUUAGUAUUAUUCGGAUGUAACAUCAAAUCCCAUACAAGAGGAUAUUUUAUAACAAACCAUAACCUUGUUGAUCUCUGACCUCUGGUCAAAUCCGGUGGACUACAAGACUAUAGUGUCCCAUUUUAAUCAAUAGAUCCAAAAGCAUGUAACAAGCAUAAUUCUUAGUUUUCCAAUAUGUUUAUCAAAUUCUAAAGAGCCUCUUGCAUUUGUUAAGCUUGACCAAAUAAUCAGUGAACUUCAGAAAGUGGAAUAAUUGAAAGCAAUAGGUUUUUUUGAAGCGGGACAAAAACAAAAAUGAUCAGGGAUGAUAAGUAAGAUUUUCACUUUGUGGGUUUUCAAGAAGAAAACGAGGGCACAAAUACCCUCAGAAAUCCCUUGUAAACCUGUUGUAUACCUGGACGGAACCGCUUCAAGACAUACACCAACAGAACAUCAUAUUCGAAAAAACUGAUAUUUUACUCACAAAUGACUCGCUUGCACCAAAACAAUAACCUGAAUUAUAGCCGUCUUCUCCGGCCAGUCGCUCACUCGCGGGAGAGAAACAGAAGCAACGGGAAAAAUUACAUUAACACUUACUGUGAAAGCAAACAUAAGGAAAUGAAUUAUAGAACAACUAACUAUUUAGUUGUUUCCAAAGCGUUCUUUUUUCCUUAUGAUAUAAAAAAAUAAUGAAAUAAAUAGGCACAAACUUGUUGGCGUGCUUACCUAUUUUCGAUGUACUGAUUACAUACGCAGUGAGUACGCAGUGCCUACUAAGCGCGCGAUAAGCGAAGAACUAUAGCGCAAGAAUGGUUACUCCCUGUCCUCAAGGUACUUCCCAAUUCAUAGUAACGAAAAGACAAAUAAAAGGCUCGAUAAAGCAAGAAUAAACGAGAAUUUUGGUCAAUACUCUCUCCUCUCCUCUCCCUUGUCCGCCAUUUUGUAUGUUUUGAAAAUGACCAUCGCCAUGGUGAUCAUGUUAUGGUUGGUGACGUAGACCAUUGUUUUCGCUUCUUCCAAAACUGGCAUACUCCCGAACUGAUCAAGGAAAAAUGUUUCUGAUCAUGCAAAUUACAGCAUUUAAAGGGAUGUGGCGCGAAAAUUAACAUAACAAGGUGCGAAGGUUAUGAAAAUACUUUUGCACGAAUAGAGUCUGAUUGCACGUUAAGGCUUGUCUUUAAGGUUCUUAUGAAAAACAUUUCGUACACCAAGCAGUCUAAUUUUUUCCCGCCUUUCUUAAGCACCUCGAAACGUUUGCAUGAUCAAAAACAUUUUUCCUUGAUAAUGGAGUCAUGACUACUCCGAAACGUCGGAUUUUAUCAUUCGUUUUUACCGUUUUAUGUAUUAACAUAAUAAUAAUAAUAAUAAUUAGUAUUAUUAUCAUUAUGAUUAUGACUAUAAAAGUAAUAAAGAUAUUAAAAUAAAAAUAAUGGUAUAAUAAUAAUCAAUUUUAUUGAUAACAAAGCUUACCAUUAAAACCUAAUUAUAUUUAAUUUCGUUUAAAAAACUUUUCAGCCAUAGCUUUAUUUAAAAUUCAUUUCGAUGAAAAAAAAGUCAUUUCAAUUAAAAACAUUUCAUUUCAAUUAAAAAAGGAUGAUGGCGAUGAUGAUGAUCAAUUUUCGACUCCAAUAUGAUGCCAGCUGAUGGCUAUAAAAAUUGCAUGCACUGUCACUCUAUCUUAAAGCGGUGGUUUAUUUUUUGAUGUAACGUUCUUGUUCAUUGACUAACUUGACUCGGUUGUUUGAUUGAUUUCGUGUUGUCCACUCAGAACUUUUAUCCUGUUUUUAACAAGUACAUUAAGAAAACCAACCUUUUUCAAUCCGCAUGUGCAGUGUUUUCAUUUUUUGCAAGGCUUCGAUUAAGGGGCACGAUGCUUUGCUCAUUUCAGCAAAAAUGAUAGACGUAUUGGCUCUAAAGUUAGGGUUGUUCUAGUUCUAUGCUGAGCGAGAAUGUUCUUCAUCCGGAAGGAAUCUGGUUAUCUAAGAUAUUAAGUAAUUUGUUUUUUAAAAAAUGCAACCAAACCCCGGUUUACGGAUACCCGCUUAAUACCGACAAUAAGAACAGUUUACCUUGUCCCUGGGGAAAGAAAGCCCUUACACUUUCUCUAAAUUCGGACACGCUGUAAAUACGGACCCUUUCUGUGCUCCAUCCCCCCUCCCCCUCCCUCCCCCCUCCUCCCCCCCAGUGUUCGUAUCAACGGAAUUUGACUGGCUGUACUUUAUUUCUUAUUAGAGCCUCUUCUGGUCAGGAACGUAUAAAGAAGCGCAUUUGUUCUCAGAUUUCGACUCCAGGUUUACAACUCUUGAAGAUACGAUGGCAGGGUAAGUAAGGAUGGCCGACACCUUGGACCAAUUUAAGUUGGUUCAUCACUCAAAUUACAAAGUGGAAAGGACGUGACGUUACAAGGAGUCCUCAACUGACGUGGCGCAUCGCUUCAUCAAUUCCUAUAAAUGGAAAUGCCCCUAAGUAACAGUAAAGCCGAUGUUUGGAGGACGAUGAAGGAGAUAACUGUCCACAAGCCGACUUCGGCCUGGAAAUGGAACACGGCCUCAUUCCAUUUAUUUAACCUUUCGUGUAGCGUUCACUUUUCUCUGCCAUGCCAAUCCUAACACUUCGUUGCACAGAAACGCUUAGGGGAAGUUUGCACGCGUAACAGGGGCAGAAAAGACAGGGGGAGGGGACAAAAAAAAGCAAAGGGAAAAUGGAGAGUGAUCGCCUGCUCACCCCAUGUUAAGGCGUUCGGAUUCCGGAAUCCAGGACUGAUUUUUGCUUGUGAAAUCCGGAAUCCUUGAAAAUUUUGCAGGCGGAAUCCGGAAUCCGGGGCUUUAGAAUCCAGAAUACAGCACAAGGAACGCGGAAUCUCACUAACGAUUGGAAUCCGAAAUCCAAGUUCCAUUGAUAAAGACUGGAAUCAAUUGUAAGUAACUGGAAUACGGAAUCCACCGCAUGGAAUUCAGAAUCCAAGACUGUCUUGGAUUUCCUUACAUGAUGACAGCCUGCUCUAAGAACCAGUUCUAUACCACUAGACCAUGAGUCAAUAUCGCAACUUUUAUUUGGUGUAGUUUAGUAGUUUAAUUUCCUCCCCCCCCCUCCCCUUAGCAAAUUUCACUAGUACGUACCUAUAGCAAUUAGCAACCUUUGUUUUGUGUUAUAGAUGGAUGGUGAAUAAUUUGACCUGGUGUGGGACUCAAGACAAUACUACAUCUGGGGAUGGUAUCGACUAUUCUUCUUGUCCAGCAAGUAAUAAAAACUGUGAUUAUAUUACUCACUUUUGGGGUCAAGCUUCUGAGAGGGUGAGUAGUGCCGCGGAAAAACUGAUCGUUUUCACAUAUUCAUCACUCAAUCCCAGCAGUUUGCAGGAUGUUGCAAGGCAGUGCAAGUUUGUAACUUGGUGCACAUGCCUAGAUGAAUGUCCCUGAUUCCCAUAAUUCUCCUGUGGUUCGAUGGUAGACCAACUAAACUGGCGACCAGGAAGUCAAGUCUGGUUCCGCAUUGCGCAGGGACGGCGAGGAGCCGGAGGCCUUGCGAGGGCACUUUAUUCGCCAAAGAAUAAAUACCUACUAAGAGGAUAGUCUCCCUUUCCUCUACAAGUCACUAGACGUCACUCCACCCCCUCUUCUCUUCGAAAAAUGUUCCGCCGUUCCUGGCCUGGUUGAUCAAAGCUGGAUAAAGAUAACUUUUGUAGAACUGGCGCGAACUUCGACUAAAUCUGAAUGCUAACAAAUCAAAUUCCUGACCUAUAUAUUCUUUUUGCCUAUAAAAUGGAUGCUCUAAACUGGCGAGUCAAAAUGAACAAAAGAAGCGCUUUUGAAAUUUGAGGAGUUCUUUCUGAUACAUGUGUAACGCCAGUAAUUUUUUUCCAUUUCAAUGUAGUUUGCUAAGAAAGCAAGUGGAAUUGUCACAGGGUGAAAUAAGGCGUUUCCGUAUUUCGGAAAUCUUGCGGAAAUCUGAUGGUUCAAGUUUCCGUCACAUUUCCGGAGGGCGGAAACACGUAAGAGCAAAAUGAGGUCGCGUUUCGCGUUUCCGCAGCGUUUCCGUUGGCUGAAAUGUACAAGGCCGUAUCAGUCGCGUUUCCGCAGACAAUUUUCUGCGGAAAUUUGGUAGCUUUUAUCUUCGGUUGAUUUAAUUUUAAGUAGGCGAUGUGCUGCCAAGGAUUUCUCGGCAACAGCACUAUUUUUAAUAUUUUUCAUAUAAUAAAAUUUGUUUUAACUGUACUGAUUACGCUUCAGGCAAGAUGAGGAAUCAUUGCAUUGACCUAAAAUAUCCGAAAGAACAGAGAUAAUCGCCUGCGCUAAACUACACGUCGUAAAUACUGGAAAAGUGAUAGAUGAUUCUCUCUGUCUUCCUUUUUUCAGAGAUUCAAAGAUGUGUCAUUAAAAUUACUAGCGCUCCAAACAUUGACGCGUAAUUUGAAACAAUUUAGAAACAGCCAAAUAAAUUAUAACGCUUGCACGCAUUUUGCCUCGCUCUGGGGGCGCGAGUGUUACGAGCAUGCGUGCCUCGUUUUCACGUUGGAUUUUGAAUCGCGCGCCCUUUUGAACAUUCUUCGCUGUCGGUUCGCCUUCCAUUUUGGUGGUUGUUCAUGCAGGACCAUUUUUUUGUCAAGAUAAGCGAGGAGAGUGUGAUAGAUUGCGGAGAUAGACUGCAGGGAGAAAUAAUACUUCGAAAAACUAUUUAAACGAAACGCCAAAUCCCAUGGAAGCGGUGAUGUAGGAGUUCAGUGUUCACUCUUCGCGACUCGAAUGCACCCUGAGUGUUUCAACCAUCAUUGAGAAGAAAGAACGCUUAUUUUAAACUGUGGAUCCUUGUUGUUUCGUAAGUACAUUCUGAAUCUUGUUUAAAUAUAUAGAGGCAUAUUUAAGUCUAUGUAAUAGCUUUGGGAGCAUUUCAUCGAUGUCGAUCAUAAAAAUCGUUUCACAUGUGAGCUUCAUGCGACAGCGAGUUGCUUCGUACAGAUCUGACCUUUGUAUGUUGCCUGUAGUUUCUUUGAUAGCAUAUUCCUGUAAAGCACGUCUUUGUCUGAUUUCUUUUACAAUAAAGACAUAGUUGCUGCAUGCACAUUUUAAUGGCGAAGAUGGCAGCCGUAAAAUACUUAAUCUGGAAUGAGGAAACGGAAUCACGGAACGGAGUACGGAAUCCAAUAGCAAUGACAGAAAAAUAUUAUAUAAAAAUUCCUUGACACUGAAAUGUACAAAACAUUUCCACUCCAAUUUCUGAGACUGUAGAUGUUUAUCACAAGGAUAAACCUGUACAAAAAUAAUAUUUAAUGUUCAUAUUAAUUUUUUGCAGACAACGUGCAUUUCCUUACUACCAAUGGGAAUUGUUCAAAAUUGAAAUAAAUGUAGUGCUUGUUACGAGACUUGUAGUGUUAAAAGGAACCUUUUCUCUUUGUGUACAUGCACAAUAACAAGUUUAAUAUGAUGGUGCAGAAAGGUUCUAAAAGUCACAAGAUUGUAGAGGGAUAUCAUUUCCUUACACUUCAAUUUGUCGUUAAGCUUCGAACACAAGGAUAACAGCUUUAUUUGAUGACAAAGCAACCUUCAUUGACACAAGUAAGACGCCCAUCUUUGAGUGGGAAGUUGCAAUUCUAUUUAUCCAUCUUUGAGUGGACUAAGUAGUGCUUGUGUCAAUGAUAUUUCAAAUGUUGCAACAGUCACCAGGAGAUAGACAAGAAUAUCAUUCAGGAAUAUAAAUUCCUUACACUUCAAUUUGUUGUUAAGCUUCGAACACAAGGAUAACAGCUUUAUUCAAUGACAAAGCAACCUUCAUUGACACAAGUAAGACGCCCAUCUUUGAGUGGGAAGUUGCAAUUCUAUUCAUCCAUCUUUGAGUGGAAAAAGCAGUGCUUGUGUCAAUGAUAUUUCAAAUGUUGCAACAAGAAGAUUUUUCAGAAAUAUAAUUUCCUUACACUUCAAUUUGUCGUUAAGCUUCGAACACAAGGAUAACAGCUUUAUUCGGUGACAAAGCAACCUUCAUUGACACAAGUAAGACGCCCAUCUUUGAGUGGGAAGUUGCAAUUCUAUUUAUCCAUCUUUGAGUGGACAAAGUAGUGCUUGUGUCAAUGAUGUUUCAAAUGUUGCAACAGUCACCAGGAGAUAAACAAGAAUAUUAUUCAGGAAUAUAAUUUCCUUUCACUUCAAUUUGUUGUUAAGCUUCGAACACAAGGAUAACAGCUUUAUUCGAUGACAAAGCAACCUUCAUUGACACAAGUAAGAUGCCCAUCUUUGAGUGGGAAGUUGCAAUUCUAUUUAUCCAUCUUUGAGUGGACAAAGUAGUGCUUGUGUCAAUGAUAUUUCAAAUGUUGCAACAAGAAAAUUUUUCAGAAAUAUAAUUUCCUUACACUUCAAUUUGUCGUUAAGCUUCGAACACAAGGAUAACAGCUUUAUUCGGUGACAAAGCAACCUUCAUUGACACAAGUAAGACGCCCAUCUUUGAGUGGGAAGUUGCAAUUCUAUUUAUCCAUCUUUGAGUGGACAAAGUAGUGCUUGUGUCAAUGAUGUUUCAAAUGUUGCAACAGUCACCAGGAGAUAAACAAGAAUAUUAUUCAGGAAUAUAAUUUCCUUUCACUUCAAUUUGUUGUUAAGCUUCGAACACAAGGAUAACAGCUUUAUUCGGUGACAAAGCAACCUUCAUUGACACAAGUAAGACGCCCAUCUUUGAGUGGGAAGUUGCAAUUCUAUUUAUCCAUCUUUGAGUGGACAAAGUAGUGCUUGUGUCAAUGAUGUUUCAAAUGUUGCAACAGUCACCAGGAGAUAAACAAGAAUAUUAUUCAGGAAUAUAAUUUCCUUUCACUUCAAUUUGUUGUUAAGCUUUGAAAACAAGGAUAACAGCUUUAUUCGAUGACAAAGCAACCUUCAUUGACACAAGUAAGAUGCCCAUCUUUGAGUGGGAAGUUGCAAUUCUAUUUAUCCAUCUUUGAGUGGACAAAGUAGUGCUUGUGUCAAUGAUAUUUCAAAUGUUGCAACAAGAAAAUUUUUCAGAAAUAUAAUUUCCUUACACUUCAAUUUGUCGUUAAGCUUCGAACACAAGGAUAACAGCUUUAUUCGGUGACAAAGCAACCUUCAUUGACACAAGUAAGACGCCCAUCUUUGAGUGGGAAGUUGCAAUUCUAUUUAUCCAUCUUUGAGUGGACAAAGUAGUGCUUGUGUCAAUGAUGUUUCAAAUGUUGCAACAGUCACCAGGAGAUAAACAAGAAUAUUAUUCAGGAAUAUAAUUUCCUUUCACUUCAAUUUGUUGUUAAGCUUCGAACACAAGGAUAACAGCUUUAUUCGAUGACAAAGCAACCUUCAUUGACACAAGUAAGACGCCCAUCUUUGAGUGGGAAGUUGCAAUUCUAUUUAUCCAUCUUUGAGUGGACAAAGUAGUGCUUGUGUCAAUGAUAUUUCAAAUGUUGCAACAAGAAGAUUUUUCAGAAAUAUAAUUUCCUUACACUUCAAUUUGUCGUUAAGCUUGAACACAAGGAUAACAGCUUUUCGGUGACAAAGCAACCUUCAUUGACACAAGUAAGACGCCCAUCUUUGAGUGGGAAGUUGCAAUUCUAUUUAUCCAUCUUUGAGUGGACUAAGUAGUGCUUGUGUCAAUGAUAUUUCAAAUGUUGCAACAGUCACCAGGAGAUAGACAAGAAUAUCAUUCAGGAAUAUAAAUUCCUUACACUUCAAUUUGUUGUUAAGCUUCGAACACAAGGAUAACAGCUUUAUUCAAUGACAAAGCAACCUUCAUUGACACAAGUAAGACGCCCAUCUUUGAGUGGGAAGUUGCAAUUCUAUUCAUCCAUCUUUGAGUGGACAAAGUAGUGCUUGUGUCAAUGAUAUUUCAAAUGUUGCAACAAGAAGAUUUUUCAGAAAUAUAAUUUCCUUACACUUCAAUUUGUCGUUAAGCUUCGAACACAAGGAUAACAGCUUUAUUCGGUGACAAAGCAACCUUCAUUGACACAAGUAAGACGCCCAUCUUUGAGUGGGAAGUUGCAAUUCUAUUUAUCCAUCUUUGAGUGGACAAAGUAGUGCUUGUGUCAAUGAUGUUUCAAAUGUUGCAACAGUCACCAGGAGAUAAACAAGAAUAUUAUUCAGGAAUAUAAUUUCCUUUCACUUCAAUUUGUUGUUAAGCUUCGAACACAAGGAUAACAGCUUUAUUCGAUGACAAAGCAACCUUCAUUGACACAAGUAAGAUGCCCAUCUUUGAGUGGGAAGUUGCAAUUCUAUUUAUCCAUCUUUGAGUGGACAAAGUAGUGCUUGUGUCAAUGAUAUUUCAAAUGUUGCAACAAGAAGAUUUUUCAGAAAUAUAAUUUCCUUACACUUCAAUUUGUCGUUAAGCUUCGAACACAAGGAUAACAGCUUUAUUCGGUGACAAAGCAACCUUCAUUGACACAAGUAAGACGCCCAUCUUUGAGUGGGAAGUUGCAAUUCUAUUUAUCCAUCUUUGAGUGGACUAAGUAGUGCUUGUGUCAAUGAUAUUUCAAAUGUUGCAACAGUCACCAGGAGAUAAACAAGAAUAUUAUUCAGGAAUAUAAUUUCCUUUCACUUCAAUUUGUUGUUAAGCUUCGAACACAAGGAUAACAGCUUUAUUCGAUGACAAAGCAACCUUCAUUGACACAAGUAAGAUGCCCAUCUUUGAGUGGGAAGUUGCAAUUCUAUUUAUCCAUCUUUGAGUGGACAAAGUAGUGCUUGUGUCAAUGAUAUUUCAAAUGUUGCAACAAGAAAAUUUUUCAGAAAUAUAAUUUCCUUACACUUCAAUUUGUCGUUAAGCUUCGAACACAAGGAUAACAGCUUUAUUCGGUGACAAAGCAACCUUCAUUGACACAAGUAAGACGCCCAUCUUUGAGUGGGAAGUUGCAAUUCUAUUUAUCCAUCUUUGAGUGGACAAAGUAGUGCUUGUGUCAGUGAUGUUUCAAAUGUUGCAACAGUCACCAGGAGAUAAACAAGAAUAUUAUUCAGGAAUAUAAUUUCCUUUCACUUCAAUUUGUUGUUAAGCUUCGAACACAAGGAUAACAGCUUUAUUCGAUGACAAAGCAACCUUCAUUGACACAAGUAAGACGCCCAUCUUUGAGUGGGAAGUUGCAAUUCUAUUUAUCCAUCUUUGAGUGGACAAAGUAGUGCUUGUGUCAAUGAUAUUUCAAAUGUUGCAACAAGAAGAUUUUUCAGAAAUAUAAUUUCCUUACACUUCAAUUUGUCGUUAGCUUUGAACACAAGGAUAACAGCUUUAUUCGGUGACAAAGCAACCUUCAUUGACACAAGUAAGACGCCCAUCUUUGAGUGGGAAGUUGCAAUUCUAUUUAUCCAUCUUUGAGUGGACAAAGUAGUGCUUGUGUCAAUGAUAUUUCAAAUGUUGCAACAGUCACCAGGAGAUAGACAAGAAUAUCAUUCAGGAAUAUAAUUUCCUUAUACUUCAAUUUGUUGUUAAGCUUCGAACACAAGGAUAACAGCUUUAUUCGAUGACAAAGCAACCUUCAUUGACACAAGUAAGACGCCCAUCUUUGAGUGGGAAGUUGCAAUUCUAUUUUAUUUUAUCCAUCUUUGAGUGGACAAAGUAGUGCUUGUGUCAAUGAUAUUUUAAAUGUUGCAACAGUCACCAGGAGAUAAACAAGAAUACUAGUCAGGAAUAUAAUUAUUUCUUUACACUUCAAUUUGUUGUUAAGCUUUGAAAACAAGGAUAAAAGCUUUAUUCGAUGACAAAGCAACCUUCACUGACUCAAGUAAGGUGCCCAUCUUUAAGUGGGAAGUUGGAAUUAUUCUAUUUAUCCUUCUUUGAGUGGACAAAAUGGUGCUUGUGUUAAUGAUACUUUCAAUUUUUACAAAUGCCACAAGGAGAUCAACUUGAUGAUUACACAGUUUUUUUAUAUUGUUACACUUUAAUUUUGUUUUGUGCCUCAAGCACUUGGAUAACGGCUUUAUUCGAUGAUAAAAGCAACCGUCAUUUUUUAAAUAUUUUUCAUUGUAAUGCACUACCAUAAAACUGCCUGAUUUUAAGCUCUCUAGUUUUUUUAGAACGAGGCUGUUACGAUACAUGUAAUACAUGUAUUAUUAUUUUGAUAUAAAUAUUUGACAUUUUUUUUGUCUUUAUUUCUUUGAGGUAUACUGAUGUGGAGAACAAAAACAUUGAGGGUAUUUUGGUUAAUGAAGUGAGGGGGAAUUUUGGGUGAAAGAAAUGGCCCAAAACAGAGAUAAAAGGUAAGUUGUACACUUUUCUAAGUUUCUUGAAUUUCUUACAGUGAAACCCCGCCUUACAGCCACCUCGGUAAUACAGUCACCUUGUUAUUACAGCCACUUUUUUUGGCCGCCUGGCAAAAACCACCAUACAUUUUCUUGUAAACAAACCCUCAUUAAUACCGUCACCCCAUUAAUACGGCAAAACUUUUUUGGCCAAUUGAUGACCAUGUUAACGGGGUUCCACUGUAGUUUCUUGGUGUUGCCGACAAGUGUAAUCCCCUAAUGACAUAAAUACAAAAGAUGGAAAAGCCACUAAAUAAUACCCACACCAAAAACAGGAGCAAACCACAAUACUUUUAGCAACACCAAGAAGCACUCUUCAUUCCUUUUCUACAGACCUGCACAUUUAACAUGCUUUCCUUUUGCUAGGGGCCAUUUUUCAGCACUGGAGUCAGAGAAGUAACCGUGCAGAUGUGGUAAGGCAGUAAAAUGGAAAACUUGAAGAACACAGAGUUCAGACAAGAUUCCAAUUUGAGAGCUAAAAAGGUAGGUAAAAUACAUGUACAUUAUUUUGUUAAUGCUUGCAGUGCAAAUAUUUUUACUGUGUAGUUUAAGUCAUCCACUUAGUGAUUUAUUUAGCCUGUCCUGCAACAGAGCUGUGCUUUGGCAGUGCCUGGUGGCCCCUGUUGCAUUACUGUUGCUCUUGGGCGACAAGGAAGUCUUAGUUUGUUCAAACACAUUCAUCCUGGGUACCUGGAUCUUUCAGGUUAAGGGCACAAGGCUCUUUCAUUUUUUAAGAACACAACACAUGUUUUGCACGUUUGUAUUAUGCAUACAUAAUUAAUGAUUGUUAUAGAAUGCACUAGGGCCACACCCUACCCCUUUGACAUUUUUAAUGUUAACAGUGUCCUUUCCAUUUAUAUGCAAGGUUUGAUUGUAGUGUAAAUUGCUCAGAGUAAAGAGCAAGAACCAAAUCUAAAGAUUCAAAAUAGUUAGGGUGACUAUUUUACCAGACUAAACUGUUACUGAAGAACGUAAAUGUUAAUUAAAUGUUUAUCAUAGUAGUCAUGCCACUGUGACUAAAUAAGUUUUUUUGGUGUUCAGAAAUUGACGAAUCACACAGACGUGUUGGACAAGGCACAACUUUCUCCAGAUGACAAAGCCAAAAUAAAGGCUUUAUUAGACCUACACAAUGCUAUCCAAUUUAUGUCUUUGGAGGAGAGUGAAGACAAUGAAGAGAGGGCCAAUGAUCCACAACCCAGGUACAUCAGGCCACUAUGCUCAGAGAGGUCAAAGCUAAGAAACAUCAAUGCUGUUCUUGACGCCUUUUGUGAGGCUUGCAUGUCAAAGAGGCAAAGAAAGAACAGCCGGGAAAAUAACCAGAGAGGUUGAUAAAUACUUGUCAGACAGACCAGUACCAACUAACUGCCCUUCAUGGGCAGGAUGCCAAUAAUAUCAAAGUAACAAAUUGCUACAGUGAUCGCUACUAUGGCAACUGGGAGUAAUAAGUCCAAAAAUGACGCCGUGUGCGUGAUGUCCAGUAAAAUAAUGAGCUUUAGCCGAAGCACAAAAUGUGAUGGCUUGUACAUGAGUAUAAAAUUCUACUUUUCCCCUAUUUUUCACUGGUUUAAAACCUAUUUUUUUUUUUCUCUUAAUCAAGAAGGUAUUUGACACUUCUAGUUCACUGGGCAAUAAUUCAGUCUUCCCUGCGUUUUACUAACAACGAAACCAAAUGAGCGAAAAGCCCUGUAGUGACUUUUGGGUGCCACUUGCAUAAAGUUGAAAUUUGACGGGCAACAGUAACAUACUCUCUUCAGGACUGUAACCACGACCACCAUAGUAGAGGUCACUGUAGCAAUUUGCUUAAAGUGCCUAAUGUAUUAUUGUGCCUUUAGUCAGGAUGAUCCUGUGAUGAUCAACUCUAACUAAAUUGCACAAUCUUAUUGGAAAGAAGCCUCCCACGCAGUCGUUUUUAGGUGGGCUCGUAUUUCUUCCCUCCCCACAAACGCCUGCUCAACUGAAGACAACAUUCCUUUCCCAAGCUUAGCCAAUCACAUUGUACUUUCCAAAUUCUAGAAAGUUGACCUUGACCGCAAGGUAAUCUGAUAAUUACUCAAUCUGCAUUAAACACUGGGAAAGCUUUCUGACCUGCAAUAAAUGUUAGAUUCAGAGCGGCAAAAAUAAGAUUUAGUCAAAAUUCAGAAUACUCCGUGCACUGCAUAACCUUAGUGAAGGAAAGAAAAGAAGGAAAACGGUAACUCUAGGGUCACGUUCACUCGUGUUUAGCCUGUCAACACUUUAUUGCACAAUUGUUGAUUGGUCACUUACCACGCAAAUAAAGCAAUGAGAAAGGAAUGUUGUUUUCCGUUGAGCAGGCGUUUGUGGGGAGGGAAGAAAUACGAGCUCCCCUAAAAACGCCUGCGUGGGAGGGUAAUUGGAAAGGUGAUAAGAGUUUUAUUCUAAAAAAGUCAAUCUUUACUCGACUGUGUUCAUUAAAAUUGCUGAAAUUACAGGACAGUCAAUGGAUUAUCCUAAAACUAUAAAACAGGGAGUGUAAGAUAGAUGCAUUGUGAAAGUGAGUCGCUUGUUAAAAGUGUGCAGUUUGUCAUUACUAUUCAAACUCAGAUGUAGGCAAAUUCUCGUAGACUACUUUGUAUGCCACAGCCAGGUCCAAGUUGUAGCCAUGCACUUACAGCAGAGUGGCGACAAUAAGUGAGAUACAUGUGUAGAGAUGUUGGCUUAUACAUUUGUAUAUAAAGCCUAUGGCUAGUUUUGUUUGCAUCACUAUCGUCGUUGUAGCAUCAGCCUGAUACUCCCCAAUAAUGGCCUCUCAUCAGUUUGUGUAGGCUUUAACAAUAAUUUUGGGGAUGAUCCACCAAGUACUGGUACUUGCUAAUAAGAAUUAAGGCAGCAGUUUAGAUUUCCUAAUGGGAUUUUAUGCAGUCUUACAUGUAACUAAGUAAGACUUUCAUUUGUAAUAAUAUUAUUUUUCUUAUUAAAUUAUGUAAUAAUUUUGCCGUGAACUACUUCUUUGAGUUAUUUUGGAAUGGAAAUGCACGUUACUUAUAAUAAUGUCAAACCUCUUUAAUACGAACACUAAAGGGACAGAACCAAGUGUCCGCUUUAUAGAGGUGUCUAUAUUACAGAGGUAGGGAUUGCAUGAUUUUUGGCUUUUCUGGGACCAAACGAACUGUCCGUCGUAUAGAAGUGUCCAUAAGAAGAGGUUAGACUGUAUAAUUAUUAUGUUAAUCUAAUCAUUUCAAGGAAAAAAUUUUGAAUUUUGUCAAUUCUAAAAGGAUUAUUUAAUAGGCCAUUUCUGAGUUCCCAGGGCCUCUGUUUCAAAACGAGGUUAAGUGCUCAGCCUUUGAUAUGGAAAUCAUUUUUCAUUCUCGUGCAAAUAAAACUCAUUUCACAAGAAAGGUUGCGCACCUCGCCUCAUUUUGAAAGUGAGGGUUUUUGGAACUCGGAAGUGGCCUAUUGAAAUUGAAAAGUUACAGUUUUGGAUAUAGAAAAUAGGAAUACAUUGUAAGGAGUCUCUUUUUAUUGUGAAAAUAUUUAAUAUACAUAUGUACAUAUUAUAUGAAAAUGGAGAUAGAAUUAUUUUAAUAAAAACUUUAAUACCAAAAAUGCACCUAAAUAUGACUCAGCUUGAUUUGUGUGUAUCAGCGAAAAUGGGUCAUUGUGGAUGCAUGAAACGGUCCAGGGUUGUCUCACAAACGUCCACUUUUUUAUAUACCGGAUAGAAUGAACAUAUGAUUCGAAACUGGGUGGUUAAGGAAAGUUAACACAUUUAGGAAAUCCAGUGAAUAAUCCACCGAAAGCGGAAUCUGUGGAAACAUGAAGGCUGCAGAAAGUAAACCGGUCAAACUGAGUUUCCGCAUUCAUUGUUCCGGAAACUCAACGGAUAAUUGAGUAUCCUCUGAAUUUACGAGCUGCGGAAACAUGACGGCAGUUAGCGUUUCCGCAAGAGUAAACCUGACGGAAACGCGAGUAUAAGGGAUGCGUUUAAGCGUGUCCGCAGAAACUGAAACAUGACGGAUACACGUGUUCCCCGUUACAAUUCCGUCCGCGGAUAUUUAGGUUUCCGUUAGAUAACCGUUACAAAAACGGAAACGGAAACACCUUUUUUCAACCUGUGUGUUCGUGUCCUGGUAAAUGGAUCGCGCCUCAGUGCGAGUGGUUAUCCAGCUUUCAAAAAUGACAGGUUAGAAAACAUUACGUUCCACUGAGUGAGUGUACUACUUCGGGAUUUUUAAACUAAACCGCGAAAUCAAAAGAGAUGACAGUGCCAAGUUUUAAUUUUAAAAUAAGUAAGCGUCUCUUAAAUUUCAUAUCAUAGAUUGUAAGGACUUGUAAGAGUCCAAAUUAAAUGCUCGACCUCCCGAGUAAAAUAAGUGCCAAAGAAAUAAUAAUUAGAAAACCAGAUCUGUUAUUCGAUUUUAUAUUGGUGUAGCAUAUUUAUCUUGCUGUGAGACCUUUUAAUUGGCGACAAUGAGGAAUGUUUUCGUGUUGGCUCUCAUCGUGUGACACUCAUGGAAGCAGUUUUUGCUAUUAGAUUAUUCUGAAGUACAAUUAUGCCCUUGUUCGCACUAAUGCGUUUUCAAAAGUAUGCGUUUUUAUGUCAUCGAAAACGCAUCGAUCGAGUCGCGUCCAUACGACCGUUUUGAUGCGCUUUCGACUGUCCACACUAAAAAAUUACAAGUUCGAAAACGAUUGCACGUUGUGACGACGUACCGGUUGAAUUCUAUGUAUAUGCUACAGACACACGCGCCUGCUAUAUUUUCGGUCAUCCUUACGAUAUGUAUGAGUUUUCAUUUUGAUCCAAUUUCAAGAGCGUUUUCAAGUCUAUGCUUUUUCGAUGAAAACGCUCAGCCUUUUUAGUGUGGACGGGGCCUUAGUUAUGUUUAUAUAAACAGUAGAGUAUUAUGGACUAGUUAAUUUAUAGCGUAUCGUUUGAGUAUAGCUGAUGAAACCAACAUUCUCAUUCUCUCCCAUCAGAACAUAAUCUACUGAAGAAUUUUACUAAUUUUUGAAGUAAUAACACUGAGCCUUUCUUUAAACAUUGAUUUCAGCUACUUUGCGACAUGGGAACUACCGAAUCUGCGUGUAAAAGAGGUCACGAAUCUCGUUGUGCUUGUUGUGCACACAAUAGGUGUUGACAGCACAAAUCUGUAAGUGAUGCUGAUCAAAGUAGGCAGCUGUUACGGUUUAAAAUCGUAUAUUUGGUUUGCUUGGGUUUCCUCUAUCUUGUAGGCGACACUUUCUUAACCACUUAUCCUAAGUAUAAAGACUUCGUUACUGUCGUCUUUAAAUCGUUUUUGUUGGAUCGUUUUAAUUAGGGUUAGGAUUUUUGCUCAAAACUGUUAUCCUUUGAUUUCAGUGGUAUUUAUUUUCUAGGUCCCCCUAUUGAUAUUGAAUAAAGAACACUUUUAUAAGUUCAACGCACUUAGCCAAUUAGAAAUUAUCAAGUCUGAUUGGUGAAAUACGAGGCAGUCCAAGACCCAAUUGAUAUCCCCUUCCUCCACGUCCCGCCUGGAUCCGCCCCUGGUGCUAAAUGUGUUGGCGGUUAAUGAGAAGCAUACUUACACUUGAAACGUAAGGUUACUUUUCAUAGAAAACGCAGCGCUACCCGUCAGUAACGUUUUAUUAUUUUCUGUUGAUGUUGUUGCUGUUGUUGUUUGUGUGUGUGUGAAGAGAAAGCUGUGGAAAGGGCUCCAUCAAGUUAUUACAAGAUACAGCAAGUAACCGUGGGAUCAAAACUACAUGUUAUGAUGACCCAGAGUAAGUGGAAUCAUAAAAUGUUAUUUCUUUUGUCUUGGGGUUGUUGUUGCUCUACUGAUCACUAGAAAGAGAUAGGAUCAGCUCAAAACUCACAAUUCUGAAACUAAAAAUGUCCUUAUCGGACGUGCAGAAAUGUCUCCAACUGGAUUGUAUUUUGGGCCCACUUCUUGGCAGGAUAGCCCUUUACUCUCUCCCCUCUACCUUGAAAGUUCGAAUUCUAACUUUUUUUCUUUCUUCUUGUUAAGAUGCUAUACAACCCGCACUCUUCGUUCAUGACAUCUGCUUUUGUCUCAUAUUUUACGGUGCUGAAAACUGAGUAAAAUCUAAAGACUCUCUAUAGUUUGAGUCUAUAAUGGAGUGGUAGAAAUACUACGUUGAACUUUCUUUCGCUUAUUUUUUGUUUCUUUCUUUUCUUCCUUGCAGCCAGGUACAACAUCUCUUAUGUGCUGAUCAUCCACUUGCGAAAGAAUGCAUUUUCUUUAAGAAUUCGGAGAGGAAGAUCUCACAAACUGUCAAUCAGGGCUGGAAGGGGUACGUUUUUACUCAUGUUGUGCAAAACCCUCCCCGCACCUUUUGACGUUUUGAAAUUUGACAUUUUGACACGAGAAACUGUUUUUUGAAAGUGGCCGGGGUCAGGGGUUUUUAAAAAGACGUUUACAGGCUCUCCUCAGUUCUCUCUUCCCAUCGUCAUUGGCUCGGUCGCUAUUUCACUGCUCGCCCGCUUUUUUGGCUCGUCUGUACUAUUCAAUUGAACCUCUUAAUAGCCUGCGUAUUAGGGGCCGGUUUGUUUUUUAGUGCGAUGGAAGAAAUCUCUCUCCUUCACCUGCUCUCCUAGCGCGGCCUUUAAAAAAAAUAACCGGCGCCUACGCGAAAGCAAGUACCACUCGUUCAUUUCUGUGCAAGCGCAGUCGAGUGCUUCUAAACUUGAUGAAAUACAAGUUGUGACAGAACGGCUUUUAAAACUUACCACUAGAUUUAGUCAUUAAUUGUAUUAAGGAAUCCUGUGUUGUUAAUAGAGAGGUUAACGAAACAUUUCGUUUGCGGGUUGUUGCCCUUUGCCUUGGAAGCCUCAAACUCACAACCCAAUCAGGAAAAUUCAUAGGAAGUUUUACAAUUCAUAGGACGUUUUACAAUAUGGAUUUAACAAAGUUGGAGGAUCAUGCAGAAAUAUCUCUCAACAAUAAAUUUGGAUCCUAGGAGGGACCCUGAUUCAAAGGAAAGUUUUAGAUCAGAACUAAGACGAAAAAUUUGUUAUUAUAUUUUUUUCUGUAAAAUAUUUUAGGUGGAAGGUGCUGGCCAUCACUUUGUCUGCGGUUGUGGGUGUUUGUCUCAUUGCAGCAGCGGUUCUGUUCAUCUGCAGAAGAAGACUCGUGAAUGGAAUGUUUUCAGUUGGUUACAAAAAUCAUACUGAUCCAUAAACAAUAGUGAAGAGUACAUCCAAGCACAGGUGGACCAUCCGAAAUGUUCGAGGCAUCGUGAUGUCACGCGCGACACAUGUUCCUAACGCCUGGUCUAGGCUUAAUUGAAGUGAUCGGGAGAAAUUCUUCGUAAAAUACUGAAAUCAGCACCUUUUGAUUCCAAAUAUUGAUAUGAUGUAAGAAAAAUGAAUACAAAAAAUGAAUACAGUUUCAAGCGACAAAACGCCACAAAAACGCAGAACACGACACUAAAA